CUCAGUCAAGUUUUGUGAGUCGAAGGAGGAACAUCAGUUUAUCAGUGCGCAGACGGCUACACGACUAUCGACACACGUUGUUUUGUUUUUCUUUGUAUCUGUGGACAUUUCUACCGCAUUUUUUCGGGAUAGAGGACGUUUAUAUACACAAACAAGUGACCCACAAAGCGACCCAGGCGCUGUCGCUUUAAAGCGAACACCUCCCCCCCCCCCCCCCAAUAUCGGAGCCCCCAAUCACCCAGAUAACAUGGACGGAUUCUAUGACCAGCAAGUCCCAUUUAUGGUCCCACCCAGUCACAAGUCUCAUGUAGAGGAACCAUCUCACAACAGGCCUCUGAACGACAGGAAAAGGAAAUUUGUCGACACAGAACUCGCCCAGGACACAGAAGAACUCUUCCAAGACCUCAGUCAACUGCAAGAGAUCUGGAUUGCAGAAGCCCAGGUGCCUGAUGACGAGCAGUUUGUCCCAGAUUUCCAGUCGGAUAGCUUGAUGUUUCAUGGCCCGCCACCAGCCAAGAUCAAACGAGAGCUGACUCCCUCCAAAGAGCUUUCUCCCUGCCACCAGGAGAGGAGUCCCAUGCCCUACGGAGAGAAGUGCCUUUACAGCUACAGUGCCUGUGACAGGAAGCCCACUCCUGGGUUCAAGCCAUUAACUCCUCCCUCCACACCAGUCUCUCCUUGCGGCCCCACCAGCACAGCAGGAACGCACCCACUGAGCGAGCAGACCCCUCCCCCUCAUCCCCAUGUAGCCAAUCCGAAUCCAGGGCAGCAUCCAGUGCGCGUACAACAGCCAAUAACAACGAGUGCAGGCCCACCCAACCAGCAAGCACUCCCAGUCCACAGCCACAGCCCGCCCUUCGCCGUGCCCUGUGCGCUGAUCAGCCAGGAUGCCAACAACUUCACACCUGAGCACAGGUUCCAGAGGCAGAUGUCAGAGCCAUGUCUACCUUUUCCCCCGUCAGAGAGUCAAGGGCGCCCUCAGUUCUUGCCGCAGCCCCCCAGCAACAGUAACAACAGUCUGCCACGUGAAGGCCGGCCACCGUACCACCGGCAGAUGUCAGAGCCCCUGGUGGCCGUGCCUCCCCAGGGUUUCAAGCAGGAGCUCAUCGACCCACGAUACACCGAGCAGGGCGUCCCCACCAUGGGCCCCCCGGGUCCACCCCCGUGCCCGCCACGUCAGGCUGCUUUCCAUCCAAUGGCCAUCAAGCCGGAGCCUCGUGACUUCUGCUUUGAUUCUGAAGUGCCUAACUGUCAGUCAUCAUUUGGGAGAGCGGGGAGCUUCUACCAAAAUAACCAUGAAAGCUUCUCCUUUGACAGAGAUCCUCACCUGUACUUUGAUGAUACCUGUGUGGUCCCCGAAAGAUUAGAAGGUAAAGUAAAACAGGAACCCUCUGUCUAUCGAGAUGGACCCCCCUACCAGCGUCGUGGCUCCCUGCAGCUCUGGCAGUUCCUGGUCACUUUGCUGGAUGACCCGGCUAAUGGCCACUUCAUUGCCUGGACUGGUCGUGGCAUGGAGUUCAAACUCAUUGAGCCCGAGGAGGUGGCUCGUCGCUGGGGCAUCCAGAAGAACAGACCGGCCAUGAACUACGACAAGCUGAGCCGCUCCCUGCGUUACUACUACGAGAAGGGCAUCAUGCAGAAGGUAAAGGUUGCUGGUGAGAGGUACGUGUACAAGUUCGUGUGCGAUCCCGAGGCUCUCUUCUCCAUGGCCUUCCCCGACAACCAGAGGCCCAACCUGAAGGCCGACCCGGAUAGCCUGCCCGGGCUGGACGACGACACUGUGCCCCUCACCCAUUACGACGACACCGCUCCCUAUCUGCUGGACGCUGGGGAGCAGUGCGUGGCAGCCUUGCCCUUCCCAGACGGCUACGGCUACUAACAUGCAGCGGGGUCCUGAUGCACAACACACAUGUACACGCAAACACUCCCAAAGUCUCUCAACGCCCACUCUUAAAAUCCAGAGCUGGAACUGCUGAGCAGCUUGGAGGGAAAACCUUGCGCUCUCCUCCUCCCUGGAAAAACCGUCUUACAGACUAAAACUCUCAAAGCUCCCCAGCUAAGAAUGAAUGAGGGAAAAACCUGCGACAGCUUUUCUACUGCACCAUCAUAUGAGAGAGAGCAAGAGAAAGGGAGAGGGUUGUGAAACCAGUGGCGGUGUACUGGACUCGGUAGCUCUGCCCACCUUACAAGCUUCAUGAAGUAAGGCAAGGAGGCUGCUGCUGAUAUGGAGACCAAACGAAGCAAGAAGGCCUCGGGCCGCCAACUUUAAAUGAACUGACAGACCCCCCCCUUUGUACAAGACUGCGAGAGUUGUUACAUUUUUGAUUUUGUGACAAUCUGAUUUUCUUAAAAAACAAUCAAAUAACAGAGAGAAAUCUUUUAAAAUCUAAUGAGAUAUUCUAAAUGCAGCACUAUUCUAUAGUUGCCUUUUUUGGGUCCCCCCAUUUUUAUGUCACCACAUCUUAACUAUAAGAUCCGUGAAAGGGCUUUAAUUUCUCAAACAUGGAUUGACAAAAAAAAAAAAAAAAACACACACACAACAUAUUCUGAACCCACAAAUCAGCUUCUUUUCUGUAGAUAUGAUGACAAUUUUUUUUUAAUAUGCCAGCUGUUCCACAAUUUUGUUGAGACUUUAGAGACCCAGAGCUCUCAGGAUCCUGGGGUGUCGCUGUACUUCAGGCUAGUCGGUUGGGCUGCUCUCUCGUGUAAAUGUUGUGUUCUUUAAUCGUUCUGCCCGUGUACGAGAUUGUAUCUGCUUCCCGUUUAGAGACUGCACCCCACAGCGGGAGCCCACAGUCUUUACAGUACAUGUCUGUUCAUCACUGCUGGGUCCUUUUUUAUUGGUCAAGUUUAGGGAUGAUUAGCACUCCAUCUCCUCCAUUUCAAAAGGGAUGCAUAUGCAAGUACAUAUUUUCCCAGAGGUGUUGAUAAUUCAUGAGAGCCGAAGAAGUUAUUAUGUAUGAUAAAUGGUCACAUUGCUCCUUUUUUUUGUAUUUCUGUCUGGGUGCUUAAUGUUUCCUCGGCAGUGUACUAGUACCUCUGAUGCACCAGUAUGGCAGGAGCAUCAGGACGUUGCAUGCAAAAAAAAAAAAAAGAAAGGUGUGAAAUUUGACACCUUCUUUUGGACACAAUCACAAGUUGUCAACAGGAGACCUCUGCUUCUCUUUGCAUGGUGUAAUCACUCAAGACUGUGUGUCCACUAACAUAUCGCUUUACUGUCUUUGGACAAAGAAGAUAUUUGUGAUAUUCUCUGCAUUUUUUUUUUUUUUUGUGUUCAUUAUCUGUGUUUCUGAAUGGGGGCAAAGACAAACUUAUAUAAAGUAUAUAUUUUUGCUAUAAGGCUGCAUUUGUUUUGAUUUUAAUGUAUAAGCUGUAUAGUUCUGGCUCUAAUAGACAUGUACCUUUUUAAAAAAAACAAAAAAAACAAUCCUCAGUCUUUAUGACGCUACUACUGCAGACUGUUUCUUUAAGAGGCCUCUGUAUUGGGUUGGAGAAUAGAUGAGAAGAUGUUUUUAUCUGGGUUGUAAACUAUGUGUGUGAAGGCCAGAGUUCCAGCAAAGGCUGCACUGAAGACACACGUUAUAUCAUGGGAUCCACCCCAGGCACAGGGAUUGUCUGCACUUGUAUAGGCUUCAGUCCCCUCCCCUCACAAUGUGUUUCUUACACUGCUGAGUUUAUGAUAAUCUGUACUGGGUACAAUAAACAGUCCUCUAUGCUUCA